AUGCAUAAUCAGAACCUAAACUCCUCUUCCCCACAACCACACAACGCCAUGAACGUCCCUCCAGAGGUGCUCGAGAUGAUCCUGGCGGGCCAGGAUGAACUCACUCUGGUGGCCCUCGCCCAGACCAGCCGCUACAUGUACCAGGUGGUAGCUCCCAAGCUCUGGGGGGUCAUGAUGCCCUCUCUGAGCUACAACCACCGUUUUGUGUUGUUUGAGCGGGAAGCACACACAAAACUGGCCAUGUUCCACACGCAAAAGGGACCCAACAACUUCCGCGACAAGCUCAACCGACAGAUGCGAUCAAGAGACACGGUUCACCCCAACGGGCUCGUGCACAAUCUCGUUCUGACGACCCCCAACUUUGACCAAAAGUUUCUCGACCGCGAAAAGUAUCCCAACGUGCGCAAUGUCGAGCUGGUGGUCAAGGGCUGUGGCUCCAUGGAGGUGGUGCGGUCUCUGCGGAUCAUGGACUUGUACAUGCGGGAGAACCCGGGGGUCAAGGUCGCCAUAGACGCAUGGUGUCACGUACCAAUCUCUGUGGAACACAUUGUUCAAAGAGUCUUCUCUCUGGACAUUUACGAGUUCCCCGAGGACCAAGUCUGUGAACAGCUCAAGCUCAAGCAGCUCCGACUCACCAAUAGCGAUUCCACCAAGCCCUCCUUGCAAUACCUGAGCAGACUUCAGGGUCUGGAGUUUCUGGAAGUUCCUGGUAUUGCUGUUUCUCGUGUGUGGUUAGAUGACGAAACGGACGAUAACACUCCUACUCACGUGGCUCUACACUUCCCCAACCUCACUCAUCUUCGAAUCAAGUGCAUUCGGACCAUCCCAGUCGCCUUUCUCAACUCCAUUGUUGCUCCUCGACUCACUACUCUCGAGUUGUACUACCAUUUCACACAUACGACUUCUGGCACCAAAGAAGAAACCCGGUUGAUUUCCCAGAUUCUUCCCGUUGCCUCUGUUACUCAUCUUCGGCUUGCUGACAUCUCCGAGCCCUCGGACCUCGCGAUUGUGCGACGGUACCCCCAGUGUCGUAUGGUUACGAUAGUGGGCAAGCCCAAGUGGUCCGUGGCAUCGAUUGCCUUCAAUCUGAUGCACGAGUACCUGUUGGAUCGGCUCCUGUGGGAGCGCGUGGAGGGCUCCGUGCUUCAGACAACUACGUUUGAAGCUCAACAGAUAGAGGUCAACAAGAGUCUGCAUGUGUAG